AGGAGCACGGAUGCCUGGCGCGUCAAUCAGGAAGGAGCAGCGCAGCUACGGAGAAUGGAUCCAAAUCUCUCUCGCAGCUCCUGCGCCAGCCUCCGGUAGCUUCCAGGAUCAUCAAGCCCCUCCCGCCAGCGACGAUGACAAGCACAAGGCCGCAAUUGCAACGAAGUCCCGGAACUUAACCCGUUCUUCCUCGGCAACGGGCGCUACGACUAAAGUCAAAGCUGCGAAGAAAAUGAAGAGGCAGUACUCGGCUCCCAGUCCGUCGAGGUCCAGACUCCAAGACGAGCUCGAGCUCCGGGAAGAGGAGAAGCAGCAGCAGCAGCAGGUUGAGCAAGAGUCGUGCUAUAACAAAGAGGAGGAUCAGUGGCACCACCACCAGCACCAUCAUUCAUCCAGCCUGAUCAUCAUGGAGCUCCCGGCCGAGGCAGCGGGCAGUGGCAAGGCAUACAGCAGCAACCUCAUGACUUGCGACCAGGACGUUUUCAACGAGAUAAUCGGGAAUUACAUCGAUAAGUUCAAGCAGGAUAUGCGACAGCAGGAGAUGAUCCCUGCUCGCGGCUGGUGAGUUUGCAAAUGUGAGGUCUCAACUCGGCGUCUCGGGCUCCUCGAGCUGUAAAGUUUCCUAUGUUCUUGGGGAAGAACGAGGCUUCGUCGCAUAGCCAAAGGAGCCGAAUUAAAAAUUUUGGCACUGUACAGUAUAAGUGAGUCUUUUGCUGUGGUACAGAUUGUUGGGACUUUCCAUGUACAUCAUACUAAGGGAAAAUUUAUAGGUUUUGUUUGUGUA